AUGGGCGUUGCUGUUGGCCGUUCGAGGUUCGCUGCUGGUGUGCGGGCGAUGCAAGGGUUCGGUCGCCAUGGCCGAGGCAUCAAAAAGUCUGCCGCACGCACUAGCUCGUUAUGGUGGACCGCCGGCGGCCUUUUCCUGCGCCUCCGAAACCAUAAUUUCGCAGAAGCAAAUAUAACCAACUGUCAGAAUGGAAAAAGAAACGCCGCAGGCAGGCAAGACGUUGGUGGUGGUGGUGGUGGUGGUGGACGGCGACGACGGUGGAGGGUGAUGUCAUGCAGCGUGUCUGUCCGUCUGUUCUGCCCUUCAAAUGCUGCAGACGGCGUAGCUAAGUAUACGGAUACAUCCAUGAUAUCAAGUGACGAGAAGUUAAUGCACGGUAGGCAACGAUCCCUGGCCUGUCAUGCAGCUUAUCUGACGUCUGGACUUGCUAGUUAUAUAAUUACACAGCUGGCCAUCACCAGGACGCCGUUGGACGGCGGACUUCCGGCCGGGAAGUUGUACUUAUCCGGACAUGCUCCCAUGAACCUGUGGGGAAAGGACAAGCAGACGACAGGAGAGAGGGACGGUGAUGAUGAGAAGAGUGUGCAUAUGGUCAUGGGCUGCUUGCAUUUUUUUUUGUCUGGUUUAAUGCCUAGGUGGUCUUAUUCCUCCCUCAGGGGGGGCAAGAAAGAAGAGAAAUACCCGUCCACAAUCCUGGCACUUCCAACCUUGCAUCCGAUUCUCUCAGGGCCUGCCUCCCCUCGUCCGGAUUAA